CCAGAAUUAAUUCCGGUCAAUUUUGGAGGAAUGAUGCAAUCCUUUGAGGAAUUAAUAGACUGGGAUCGUACCCACAUUUUUGGAUCGAUUCCGCAAGCUGUUCUGGACUCGUAUUUGCGACCCAUAUUGGAAAAGAGAGGGAUUCAGUAUAAAGAUAAUCCAUGCGAUGCGCAUGUCUUGGAUGUGAACACGGCAUUGAAAUAUGACAAAGAAUACACUUAUCAAGACAGCCGAAACAACGGAGUUUCAAUGAAGGUUUCCUCCAUUCGCCCAAUUGAUGCGGAUAUUGACCAAAUUUUGCAAAACUACGCUUGGACACUUCCUCACUCGAAGGGUAAUUUAUCAGCGACGAUUCGCAACCUGGGAUCCGUUGGGGUGUACGCGACUCCAGACUGCGACCCUGCCCUCGCCAGCUAUGCGGUCCACUCCCCCGUCGGACUGCUCCAAAUUCUGCACACGGAGGACGCCUUUCGUCGCCGCGGGUUGGGGAUCAUCGUGAUGAAGGCGCUCGCGAGAAAAGUCGCGGACCUCGGGCUAAUUCCGAGGGCGGAGUGCAUGGUGGACAACGACGCAUCGCGACAAGUGCAGCUCAAGGCGGGAAUGGUUUUUGUUGACAAGAUCAACUGGAUAUUGUGCCGGCAGGAGUAUGAUGUCAAAAAGUGGAAUAAAAUGAACUCAAUUACUAUUGAGUAAAUAACUGACGACGAAAAAGAAAUACAUAGGUAAUUUGAAAAACAAAUAUUCCUGCAAUUGGG